UAAUAUGGUGUUUCUUUUCUACAAUGCAGCCAGUUCAAGAGGUUUAUGAUGACAGAGCAGCUGUGAGUAGAAAAGAAGAACUAAUACAAACUGUACUGACUGAUGUGAAGACUCAUGAGGUUACCAUAGAAACAAACCUAGCAGACAUGCUAGAGUCAAGAUAUGUGAUAAAAACUGAUGAGUCAGCAAAUAAUAAUAAAGAAACUAAGAGAGUUACAAGAGAAGGAGGAAAACUGUUGAAACAAUUGCAGGAUAAGUUUGAUAGUGUAUGUGAGAGUUCACUGGAGGCUAUUGAUGCACUUGAAAGUAUUCAAAGAAUAACAAGGAGUGGAGGAACAGAAUCAUAACAUUAAUAAUAAUGUGUACGUAUUAUUAUUAGUAGUACUGGUAUGCACGUUGAUAAGUUUAAUUUUUAAAAUUUUCUUAAUAUUAAUCAAAAGUAACUAUUAUUGUCACA